ACGCGGCUCCGACGCGAGCUUUAAAAAAGAAAGAGGAGAACGAAGCUAUCCGCACGUCAGGAUAAGAUACGGACACCUCGUCCAGAGUACGAUCCUCGUCGUGGCGGGUUUCUUGACUCCCGGGUGGAGCGUGACGUGCGUGGCGGAUCUUGCCAGCUAUUUCCGGCGGCACGCGGCGCCGCUGACCGCAAGGUGACGUUUGCUGUUCGUCGAACGACAAGUGCGUUACCUGCCUAAGCCGUAUCUCGGGGGGCGAGAGGCGAGAAGUCUAAAGCGCACGCACACGUCAGUCAAGUUGACGAAAUUUAGCGUCGAAGCGCACCAAGACUACGCAGUUGGUGUCCCGGCUGUUCAUUCCGGUUGCGAGACAGUAGGAAGACCCUUGUCUCUUCUUCAAGGUUCCGAGCGGUGUUCUCGCCCCCAGAAAGAUGGGUCUCACAAUCAGCAGCCUGCUCACCCGGUUGUUUGGCAAGAAGCAGAUGCGGAUACUGAUGGUGGGUCUAGACGCCGCCGGUAAGACCACCAUCCUCUACAAACUCAAGCUCGGUGAGAUUGUCACCACCAUACCCACGAUCGGCUUCAACGUCGAGACGGUGGAGUACAGGAAUAUCUGCUUCACCGUGUGGGACGUGGGCGGCCAGGAUAAGAUCCGGCCGCUCUGGAGGCACUACUUCCAGAAUACCCAGGGCCUUAUCUACGUGGUGGACAGCAACGACCGCGAGCGUAUCGGUGAGGCGGAGCGCGAGUUGGCGAACAUGCUGAAAGAGGACGAGCUGCGGGACGCAGUACUGCUGGUAUUCGCCAACAAGCAGGAUCUACCUAAUGCCAUGUCUGCCGCCGAGCUCACCGACAAGCUGGGUCUUAAUUCGCUGCGAGGACGUCACUGGUACAUCCAGAGCACCUGUGCCACGCAGGGACACGGACUGUACGAGGGUCUCGACUGGCUGAGUAACGAGCUGGCCAAAAAGUGAUAGCGUCUCAUCGCAUCUACUACUUUUAAGGACAGUUCAUUCAUCGUGUAUGGACGUAGAAGACAGGAGGAGAGUCAUUCGGCAAUUUCCAUCUUUGUCAAAUUGUAUCGAUAUAACGUCGUAUCAUGUACAGUUUAACAGUCGCUGCGUUCACAAUUGCUUACAGAAAUUGAUGCAAAAUCGAAUCAAGAAUGUUACGAGCGCUAUCUAACUCUUCAUCGCCAUACAUGCGAUUUAAUUCGCGUGGAUUGUGCUCCAGGAACGAAACUUGUUUCACGGCUAGAAACAAGAACAUCAGGAUAUAAUAGGUGGUCCUUGCGUCAUUUAUAAGAAUAUAUAUAUAUAUAUAUAUAUACACAAAGGUUGUACAUAGCACUAAGUUCUUUCAUACAUACCUAAUAUUUGCCAAGUGAAUUCUAAUUUUGCCUCUUUGAUGCAGCGAGUGAUAAAGUAUCGUUU